AUGCGCCAAGCAAUGACUUUGGGCCGCACCGUUGAGUCCUUUCAGCAGUUCCGGCGUGGAGUGGCGGUGCCAUGGGUGCCUUCGGGUUCAGUGGAUCCACGAGGCCUCAUGGGGAAGCAGCAUGCUGUGCCCCAUUCCGUCCCCAGCAUCAGAGUCACCUCCGUCUUCGGCGGGCAUUGCUCCCUUUGGUUGGAGCCCUUGUACACCCUCUACAGGAUCUUCCCGGAAUCGGUUCUUCCCCUCCUUGCCACCUACAACCCAGAGAACAGUUGCAGUGAGUUCUUUGCCGUGGAGCUGCCAGCGGUUCAUUUGGAGAACAACGAUGCCUUGCGCCAUGCAGAUCUUCUGGUGUGCAUGUGGGUCUCCGAAUGUAGCCGCCUUCGAGCACACUAUUCAAAACCUGUCAUCUUCUACAGUGGUUUCUUGCUGCUCAAUGACCAAUCCUUCCACCCAGGUCACGCCUGGAUGGAGCCCUUGCACCACUUCUGGCGUCGAGUGGCCGAUCUCUUGGCCUGCGACGGGCCGGGGGAAGGGCACACGGGUCCACCGUGCCUGGUGGUGUUUGAAGAGCGACAAUUGGCUGAAGCAGCAUAUUGGCAGACGGGGCAGCAGAAGCCAUAUGUUCGUCCGUUGUCCCUCUACGUCGGCUGCACCCACGAUCCAGAGAAAGCCCGCAGUGAUGUGUUGGUCAUCAACCGCGGCCGGUUGGUCUUGGAUGGCUUGGUGACACAGGCACUGAAUGCCAUGAAGCAUGCCGCUUAUCCUCACAGUUUCGUGGACCAGGUCCGGGGCAUGCCCUUUGCAUCCAUGGCUGCCUUUCGGGCAGCGAUUUUGCUGCCAUGGGAUUUGAAUUUGGUGAUGUUCCACGACCUCUACGCCAUGGCCAUUCCCAUGUUUUUGCCCAACAAGGUAUCUCUCGAGAUUUCGGAAGUCUUUGCAGCCAGGCAUGCCCUUCAAUGA